AUGACGGAUACCCUUCGUUCGGGUCGGAAUACACAACUUGCAUAUGGAAAGGUCUCGCAGCCAGUGAUAUUUGUGGAGGUGCAAUGGGAAUGGCUUACUCUUCCAUUUGCAGUAGCUGUUGGUGCUAUUUUGUUUUUGAUAUUCACGGUCUGGAGUACAUGCCGCGCGCAGGUGGUUCUGUGGAAGACAUCAAUGCUGGCGCUGCUAUUCCAUCAUCUUGAUCAGAGUGAAGAUUUAAAUGGACAUGACACACUGGUGAUCUCUGAUGUCCAGAAUUAUGAGGAUCUUAAAGCGUUGGUGAGAUCGAAGAGCAUGGCAUUGGCUAUUUGA